AUGAGCCGGGCACGCCGGUGCCGAAACCUGGUCGGCUUGGCCUUGGUUCUCUUCUUGGCGUGGGUGGGCGCGCGUCCGUUUGUGCUCCUUGGCUUGGUCGGGGAACUUUGCUGCCGCGUUCGCAUUUGGCGGUUCGUGCGGCUGUCGAGCAGCCUGCUGAGCCUGGAGGCCUCCGAUACGGAGAGCGUCGAGGCAGCUUGGGGCUUUGUGAAGCGAAACUACUUCGACCAAAGCUUCAAUCAUCAAGAUUGGGAAGUUGCCCAUCAACGUUACCUGGAGCGAGUGAAGAAGGGCCAGCGUGCAGAAAGCAUAGUGCGCGACAUGAUCGCCUCUUUGGGAGACCGGUACAGCCGUGUGAUUGAUGCAGCCACUUUCGAGCAGUUGAUGGCCUUUGAUCCGCUGGGGGUGGGCCUUGUGCUUGCACGCAACGACAGCAAGCAGGUCUUUGUGAGCAGCCCUCCAUUUGGAGGAUCAUCUGCAGCCAAGGCCGGUAUCAAGCAGGGAGACAUCGUGGACUCAAUCAACGACAUGAGCUUCAAAGAGAUGUCGCUUCUGGCUGUGUGCGACCGUGUCGCACAGGGAGAUGCAGCUGAAGUGAAGCUGCAGCUCCACCCGCCUGGCAGUUCUGAGGUUCGGGAGGUGAGCCUUGCAAGGCCACGACAGGCCAAGCCUUUGAACGAGGUGGAAUCUGGGGUGGUUACGGCCAGUAAUGGUCACAAGAUUGGGUACUUCCGGCUUCGAAAUGUAGGAGCCAGGAGUGCUGUGGACCUGCGGGCAGCUUUGGCAAAGGUCCGGAGCGCAGGCGCGCAGGAGCUCGUCAUCGAUUUACGUGGCAACCCAGGUGGCUCCUUCCCAGCUGCCUUGGAGAUUGCCGAGAUAUUCUUGAAGCCGGGAGCAGUCGCGGCACAGGUGCAGCUUCCGACCUCAGACAGCAAGCCCUUGCGAGUGGGCGAAGGUGAAGGUGCCUUACAAGCAUCAAUGGAGCCGCUCGCAGUACUCGUGGAUGGUGGUAGUGCAAGCGCCAGCGAGGUUUUAGCUGUGGCUUUGCGGGGAAACUGUCGCGCCCCCUUGCUCGGAUCGAGAACUUUCGGUAAGGCAGCUGUUCAGGGCGUUUUCGGCCUGCCCAACAAGGAAGCCGUGGCACUGACGGUCGCACGCUACAGCGGCCCUGAUGGGACCAGAAUUGAAGGUGGCCUGGAGCCGGAUCUCUCGCUACCGGGCCCCUCACUGCCAAUGGGCCUCUCGGUUUCUGGCGCUGCUGCGGAGCUCGGGCUCCCAUUGUUCCAAAACAAUGACUACGCCGCUCUGGAUGUGGUGGCAUCUUCGAAGGCGCUCCAAUCUUGCACAAACGGCGGGUCUGAACAGUUACAGUGA